AUGUCUUUCUUAUUCGGGAGAAACAGGGCGCGUCCCUCCACCGUGGACUUGCCCAAGCAAGCCCGGGAUUCCGUUACUAAAUUAGAGAAGCUGGAUGGACCGUCCGGCCAGGCAAAGACUGACGUGAUGGUUCCUGAGCAGGCAGAGGAGCUCGCGAAGACGCUCAGUCAGAUGAAGCAGAUACUGCAGGGUACACAGGAGACCGAGGCGACCCCCGAGCAAGUAUACCAAUUGGUUCACGGCAUGAUCGAGGAGGACCUCCUCUACCAGCUUGCAGUCAACCUGUGGCGGCUGCCGUUCGAGGCGCGCAAAGACACACAGGUCAUCUUCAGCUCCGUCUUCCGAUUCAGACCUGCCACCGCCUCGCCAAAGUCCGACCCCGUCGCCUUGAGCUGGGUAGUCAACAACAGACCACAAGUCCUCAUCGAGCUCUGCAAGUGUUAUGACCACAAGGAGAGCGCGACCCCGGCCGGCUCCGUCCUUCGGGAGGUCCUGAAGAGCGAGGCAGCUGCGGCUAUAAUUCUUUACGAUGACGGCGAGGAGCAAGGGUCAAGCGCCAAGGGCAUCAUGGGCAUCGACCAGGACAGAGCGCAGUCAGGAAACGGCGUCUUCUGGCGAUUCUUUGAUUGGAUUGACAAGAGUUCCUUCGAGGUCGCCGCGGAUGCAUUCACCACUUUCAGGGCAAGUCUAAUCGGGCGCGGCCUGUAUCCCUCGGGCCACCAGUAUCUGGCCAUCAACUUCGACAUGUUCUUCGAUAAAUACAAUCACGUCCUUGUUCAAUCCUCAAGCUACGUCACAAAACGGCAGUCUAUCAAACUACUGGGCGAGCUUCUCCUGGACCGCUCUAAUUACAACAUCAUGACGGCCUACGUCGACAGCGGCGAGCACCUCAAGAUCUGCAUGAACCUGCUGCGUGACGACCGCAAGAUGGUCCAGUACGAGGGCUUUCACGUGUUCAAGGUCUUUGUAGCCAACCCUCACAAGUCCAUCCCCGUACAGAAAAUACUGUUGAUGAACCGCGAAAAGCUUCUCCAGUUUCUGUCACGCUUCCUCGAGGACCGGACCGAUGACGAGCAGUUUAUAGAUGAGAAGGAGUUCCUCAUCAAGCAGAUACGAAACAUGCCAGCAGCGCCUGUGCCUCCUCAACGGUAG